UGCCAUCUGGUAUAAAAGUGUGUGAAGCCAUCAGUGCGAGUUCUAAACGUGAAAAUUUUGACAGCUUCGGAAAUUCGCGGUUUUGGUUGUGUUGGAUAGUAAAAUAGUGUGAUGUACCGUAUUAAAAAUGUUUGUUCUUGCAGAAAUGAAGCAUGUUAUUCGAACACCACCACAAAUAUUUAACAUAAAGCUAAAUGAUGCAAUUGCAGAGGAGCUGAAUAAGAAGUUGGCUAAUAAGGUUGUUUUGAAUGUUGGCUUGUGUAUCGCUUUGCAUGAUAUUACCAGGUUAGAAGAUUCAUAUAUUUUCCCUGGAGAUGGAGCAGCCCAUACCAAAGUUCAUUUUCGAUAUGUUGUAUUCAGACCAUUCAUGGAAGAGGUGAUAAUCGGAAAAAUACGUAGCUGCAGCCGUGAUGGAGUUCAUGUAACUCUUGGAUUUUUUGAUGACAUCAUCAUUCCUCCAAAUGCACUACAGCACCCCUCUCGAUUUGAUGAGACAGAACAGGCUUGGGUGUGGGAAUACAAUACAGGUGAUGGGGAUAAACACGAUCUGUUCAUGGAUCCAGGGGAACCAGUUAGAUUUCGAGUGACAGCAGAAACUUUUGUAGAGACUUCACCAAGUGGACCAGAGACACCUGACAUUGUUACUGUCGGUGGUGAAGCACCCGCUGAAGAACCAAAAGUUCCAUACAUGCUAACAGGCAGCAUUAAUGAAUCUGGUCUUGGUCUGCUAUCAUGGUGGACAUCUUCAUAAUGGAUAAGAAAUGAACCAAAAGUCAGAAAAGGGGAAAUGUCUCAGAAUUUAACCUGGUGUAUCAGAAAGGGAUGAAUUGUUUAGGGCCUUGUGAUACGAGAAGAAAAGUUCAACAACAGGAAUUACUCUAUGCAUUUCAUAUAUACUGAUAUUUCAGGUUCUCAUGACAGCGACUGUGGAUGUUACUGUCUUCUGGAAUGUGACAUCAUGUAGUCUGCUAAAUGCUGACCUGUGUUUCAGAGGAAUAUGCUGUCUCCCUUUUACACUAGAUUGAAGCAUGUUCCUCUGAAACAUGAACCAGGCAUCACAUCACAUCUCAGAAUACAGUAGUCUUUAUAGUAUCGUGUUUACUGCCUGUAUUUUCAGUUUCGGCCAUUCUUAGCGCACUACGCAGUGGACGUGGUCAAGUUUGAUAACUGAAAUAAGGAUUGUAGGAUAUGUAUGGGAUAUAAUUAGGUGUUAGUUACAUUACAUCACCCUUCCUCGUUCAUUUCCACAGUGCCGUUGCAGCCACUUCUCAUGUUCAUCUGAGAGGCUGGAUCUAUAAAUAGCCUGUACAUUCAUGAGUAGGCAGGAUAUUGUAAAAAUACUGUCUUCACAUACACAACUAUUUUUAUUGGCUUUUUGUUAAACCUAUGAUUUUGAGUUACCAGUAAGAAAUGUACAAUAUUUACAUAGCAUCGGGAGAUAAUCCAUACAUGAUAAAGAGAACAGAUAUACACUAAACAGACUGUACAUAUAAAGAGGUGCUAUGAAACUACAUACAGUGCAACUAAUGUAACUUGUACAUUGCUUUUCUCAAAAUAAAACUACAGUAAAAUGAA